UUCCUGACCUCUUUCAACUUCUGUACUACCUCACAGUCCUGUAAUCCAAUUUUGCCAAAUUAACAAUAGGGUUAGUGGUGAGGUAUAAAAAUCACACUGCGCAUCUCUGCAUCCAUCAGCAUUACUGAGUUCUUCAGGCAAAGAAGCCCAACAGAACAACAGACUAGUGAAGAUGGUUUGGGAAGGAGGAAUUGAGCCUAAUGGCACAGAAGGCAAGAACUUCUACAUCCCCAUGUCCAACAGGACGGGACUUGUUAGAAGCCCCUUUGAAUAUCAACAGUAUUAUUUGGCAGAUCCCAUCAUGUACAAGCUUCUAGCUUUCUACAUGUUCUUCCUGAUCUGUACUGGAACUCCCAUCAACGGUCUGACAUUGUUGGUAACGGCUCAGAACAAGAAGCUCCGGCAACCUCUCAACUACAUCCUGGUCAACCUGGCUGUGGCUGGACUGAUCAUGUGCGCCUUCGGAUUCACCAUCACCAUCACUUCUGCUGUUAAUGGCUACUUCAUUCUGGGAGCCACUGCCUGCGCUGUUGAGGGAUUCAUGGCCACACUUGGAGGUGAAGUUGCUCUCUGGUCACUGGUCGUCCUGGCUAUUGAGAGGUACAUUGUCGUCUGCAAACCCAUGGGGAGCUUCAAAUUCACUGGAACUCAUGCUGCAGCUGGAGUCAUUUUCACCUGGAUCAUGGCUUUUUCAUGUGCUGGUCCCCCACUGUUUGGCUGGUCCAGGUACCUUCCUGAGGGCAUGCAAUGCUCCUGUGGACCCGACUAUUACACUCUGGCUCCAGGCUACAACAAUGAAUCAUACGUCAUCUACAUGUUUGUUGUCCACUUCUUCGUUCCCGUCUUCCUCAUUUUCUUCACUUAUGGAAGCCUUGUGCUGACUGUCAAAGCUGCUGCAGCCCAGCAGCAGGAGUCAGAGUCCACCCAGAAGGCUGAGAGGGAAGUAACCCGUAUGUGUGUCUUGAUGGUCCUUGGCUUCCUGGUAGCUUGGACACCAUAUGCCACUUUCACUGGUUGGAUCUUCAUGAACAAGGGAGCUGCUUUUCAUCCCUUGACAGCAGCAAUGUGCGCCUUCUUUGCCAAGAGCUCAGCUCUUUAUAAUCCUGUUAUCUAUGUGCUGAUGAACAAACAGUUCCGUAACUGCAUGCUGAGCACUAUUGGAAUGGGUGGCAUGGUGGAGGAUGAGACCUCAGUGUCUGCCAGCAAGACAGAAGUGUCUUCUGUUUCUUAAAUACAGAAACAUUUUCUUAUACCCGGACAUUUUCCUUUCUAGUGUCUCGUUGAUCUGGAAUAAUCCUCGAUGUGGACUGUGGAGUGAAGUUCAGGGAUGUAAUGAAUGGUUCCAGGAGAAAACUCAUGAACUGCAUUUUCUCUUCAUUUGAUUUAUGUUGGAAGGUGUUUUGUCAUAAGAUCUGUGAGUACAUGUAUGUGGAUGCUCACUUUGACUCCCCCUGCUGUCAGAGGCACAGUUGCCCCUGAUAUGUAUAUUUUGAAUACACAUAACAUCCUUAAAAAAUAUGGUUUGAAUGCAGCAAUGUUUUUUUUUUCUCUUACAUCAAUGGGAGCAUGUUUUGUACUGUAUUUUCAAAAUGAGCAACUAUAUACAAUGCAAAACUCUAUUUUUGUCACUUGCUGAGUUGGUCAUCAUGAAUUGUAAACAUUGUAUAUAUAUAUAAAAAAUAGCUUAGG